AUGGGAUUAGAGCUCAAAAAGGUACAAUUUUGUCAGGAAAACAAAUAGCUGUCGUUUUGGAAGAAGAAACAAACUUGUUUGAUUUAUAGUCACUCCGAAAAAUCAUCAUCCGUUUUCGAGGGUAAAAAAUCAGACGGAGGAUGAUUUCCAAACAGCAUCGGCGUGCUCUGUUGGAUGCAGAACCUGAGGCAGAAGCCACGAAAGAACCUUAUACGAAAAGCUUCGGAGAACCUCUUCCAGAGUGGCAUACAGCGAUACCGACCUGGGGUGUUGCUUGGAAAAUCUACCAAUACGGACUGGGUGCUGCAUUUGGAAUACUUAUGCUUCUUACCUCAGCCCUUAUUCUGCGAGCUCUGUCGUCAAACAGAGCUAGGAGACCCAAAAAGGCUAACUUGAUCGUGUUAGUCUUGCUUUUCAUGUUUGGUUUGUUGCGCUGUUUGUACCUGUGCAUCGAUGCAUACAGUACAAAACACAUUUUGCCCAAAGCAGUCGCAAACUUCGUGUGGACUUUAGGCAACCCUUGCAUAAUCACGGCUUACACACUGAUAUUUUUGGUUUUGAAGAAUAUAUUUGUGCUAAGGGAACGAUUCAUGGUGUGGUACACUGCAAAAAACAUUUUAUUUAUCGCAGUUCCUUAUUUUUCUCUUCAGCUAGUUGCUGAAGUAACUCUUUUCUAUGUACCGAAUAUCGACGUACUAACUUUUAUCUGUCAACUGGUUUACGUGCUUUUCAGCUUAUCGCUGUCCUUCUUUUACUCCUUCAUCGCAUACCUUCUUUGGAAAAAUUUCAGAGUGGAAAAUUCUCAAGGAAGUGCGGAAAAAAGUCGACAACAUUUUGCGCGGACCGUUUCGAAAAGUAGUCCGCGCGGCAGACAAACUCGAUCCAUUAUCAAAACUUGCGUCGCAGCCGUUCUUGGAGGCGUUAUACUUUGCGCGCUUCAAAUUUAUUCGAUGAGUGGAGUUUACGGGGUUUUCUCGGACGCCAUUUAUGUUGAGGCCUGGCCUUGGUUGAUCUUCAAUUUUUCCAUGAGAGUUUUAGAGUUAUUUCUCUCUUUCGUGUUAUUCAGUGCCGCUUCCAAACAAGGAACACGGCGUCGACAGUGCCAAUCAUUUCCCGUAAGCUCGGCGGGUUCAUUCCAAGGGCGUGCACGACAAAGAAAUUGUGUGAUUUCCCUCUCACCUAACGCGAUUGGCAGUGCAGGUUUAAGUACGAAAGGCACUGCUAUAUUGUAAAAUAUUUUCAAAAUGAGAAGCAGCUCACUGGAAGAUUAUUUCUUAGGGUCUCAAUGGGGUUAACUGUCAGACUUAAAACGGCCUAAAAAUUUAGCUGUUAGGCGUAAAAAUGGAAACACUGUAACUGUUGGUCGUAAAAAGAUUAGGUAAAAACAUUUUUCUAUUUAUAAUGAAAGUUGAAUUCUGAAAGUGUCAAAAUCUUAGCCUGUCAUGUGUCUUGUCUUGUGGCUAAUGUUGUUAUGACAGUUAUACAAUUUAUUUUGGUAUCGAAGACAUUUGAAAAUGAACAUCUGAAAAUUGAUUGCCAACCUUUUAAAAUGAUCGAAAUUCAUUUUGAAAUUCCUGUUAAUCGUAACAGAAAGAUAUCAAGAGUGAACACCAUCACCCCAUUGAGACCCUCAAGAAAAUUAAGCAUAUUAACACAAAUGAAAACUGAGAAGCACAUAUUGUUUUCCAUCCUGUCCAAAUCACUCUUUACGCGAGCUGAAUACUAACACCUGCCUCCUUAUACUUAAUUA